CCUCUUGCGCCCCACGUGGUCUCCCGGGCCACCAUGGAGGAGGCGAGUUGUUCGAAUCUCCUCCUCGUCUCCCUCCCCCUCCUCGUUCUCCUCUUCCUCCUCGUCUCGAGGAGGAGGAGGGAGACGUCUCCUGCUGCUCGACUCCCCGUGAGCCUCCUGGUGGUGGCGGGGUCCGGGGGCCACACGACGGAGAUGCUUCGCGCCCUCUCUGCGCUCCCCGCGCCCCGCUACUCCCCGCGUCUCUAUCUCCUGGGGGGCUCCGACCCCCUGAGUCGCGCCAAGAUUUUGGCCCACGAAGAGACUUGGGGGGCUCGGGGGGGGGAGGUGCGGGUAGAGGAGGUGCUGCGCUGCCGUGAGGUGGCAGAGCCGCUGGGCCGCUCACUACUCAAGGCGGCGGUAGCCACGGUGCAAGCGAUGUGGAUUCUGCUCACCGUGUCACAACCCCCUCAGCUGGUUCUGUGCAAUGGUCCAGGCACCUGUCUACCCAUUCUGCUUGCAGCCUGGAUCUCCAGCCUCAUCCGCCUUCCACUCCAUCUUCUCUACGGACCUCCUCCUCCUGGUGGCGACGGUGAUGGUGGUAGUAGUGCCACACGCUGGCGCCCCCGCUUGGUCUUCCUGGAGAGCGUGUGCCGGGUGCACUCACUCUCCCUCUCCGCGCGACUCUCGCGCUGCCUCGUCGACCACCUCGUUGUUCAGUGGCCACAGAUACAGCAGCAGCAAAGUGGUGGGUGGAGGUGGGCCGCUAAAACAACGUACCUGGGUAGGGUGGUAUGAGAUAAAGCGAGGACUCACCUCGUCAGAGGGGCUUGCCUCGUCAAAAAGAGACCACGUCAGAGACUCACCUCUUCGCAGACUACGAAGACCUCAACUUCAUCAGACAAGAGGGUGGGGGUGGUGGAUGAUUGCGCCUGCUGUGUAUGUUGAACUUAUUUUGCACUGUAUGUGUAGCCUAGUGGCACCCCCAGUGGCAGCUGUCCGUGUGUGGGUCUAGUCCAGGGGCACCCCCAGUGGUAACUAUCCGUGUGUGGGUCGAGUGCAGGGGCACCCUCAGUGGCAGAUGUGUGUGGGUCAAGUCCAGAUACGCACAGCCGCCACUGGGGAUGGCCUGAGGCUAGACCCACUCAGCAGUCACCAACUCAAGCAUCUGGGUAAACUCUGGUGACCUUACACUGACUUGUGUACAGGAUGAAUAGCAAACAGUAUCCUUCCCAUGUUUGACAUAAAAUAAUAAAAUUAUAUUUUGAGUCAUUCUG